AUUGCAAGAAGAAAAAGAAAAAUCUCUCAAAAUUUAAUCCAAAACCAGCCAAGUUAUUGCCAAAAUCCUACUACUAUCAAGACAUUUUUUUUUUCUUCUCUGGGCUAUAACUUCAAUCUUCAUCUUCAUCCCCUUCCUGGCUUCCUCUUCCUCAUAACUUAAUCAAUUUUUUGAAGAAUUGUGUUUAUGUUGAUUUUAUGUGGAGUUAGGAAAGUAUGGCCUUAGUGCCCAGCAGCCAAUUCUACACAAGAAGUACUAGUUUCAUGGACUCGUUUCAGAGUUCAAUGUUGAAACUACAUGUUUCAACUCGGCUGCACUUCCUCAGGUAUGGUUCUUCAAUUCCAUUAAAGAAACAAUCUUUUAGUGUUACCAGUAAGGCUUGUAGCAUGAAUGGUGACCCAAUUCAGCAGGGGAACCCCCAAAAGAGUAGAACUUUUGAUGUUAGAACAAAGAGCAGUAGAUGGGAUUUUGCUAGUGAAGCAUCUUAUUUGAAGCCCAAUAUUAGUGGCGCGAAAGUGUCUAAUAAUUCCUGGUUGAGUAAAUGGAAUGAAACCCAUAAGUUAAAAAGGCCUCAGGCGUUGUUAGAUUAUAGGAAUAAUGGGGAGGCUUCAAGUUCUGAUUGUGAAGAGAGUGGUAGUGGUAGUACCAUGGAGAGGAUUGUUCAGAAAUUGAAGAAAUUUGGAUAUGUGGAUGAUGUUAGUGAUCAUAACGAGAAUGUGGAGAGCAAGAUUGAGAAAGGGUCUAUUGAGGACAUAUUUUAUGUUGAAGAGGGUAUUUUGCCCAAUGCAAGAGGUGGGUUUUCCGAGAAAUCGCCCUAUGGGGAUGGCAAUAUGGUUAUUAGGAAUGGUGAAGUGAGCUUUCCUUGGGAGAAGCCUGAAGUGAAGGUAGAUGAUUUGAAUUCUGUGAGGAGAAAGAGCAAGACUUCUUUUGCUGAACUAACUCUUCCUGAAUCAGAGCUUCGAAGGCUGAGAAAUUUGGCUUUUCGGACAAAAACAAAAAUGAGGAUUAAAGGUAUUAUCACGCAUGAGAAUGUGGAAAAGAUUCAUGAUAAGUGGAAAUCAUCAGAAGUUGUGAGGUUGAAAAUUGAGGGGACUCUUGCACUUAAUAUGAAGCGAAUGCAUGAAAUAUUGGAGAGAAAAACUGGUGGAUUGGUAAUUUGGAGAUCUGGCACUUCUGUAGCUCUUUAUAGAGGGAUAGGGUACAAAGAACCUUAUGAACGAUCGCAAAAAGGCAUUUCUAACAAAAAUAGAACUCAAGGCUCUUCUUCAAGUGUUCCUGUAGAUGGUAACAUUAGUCCUUUAGAGUUCAAUUCUAGAAAUGAAGCGAAAAGCCCCCUGUCUGAAUCUGCAACUACUAGUGUAGAGAAUGAAAGCAGCCAAUCAUCGGCUGAACUGAAAUAUGAAGAUGAGGUAGAAUCAUUGUUAGAUGGUCUCGGCCCAAGGUACACAGAUUGGCCAGGAAACGGACCACUACCUGUUGAUGCGGAUUUGCUGCCUGGGGUUCUUCCUGGUUAUCAACCACCCUUUAGAAUUCUUCCUUAUGGUGUCAGACGUAACCUUGGAUUGAAGGAGGCAACAUCCUUGCGCAGGCUUGCCAGGCUUUUGCCCCCACAUUUUGCACUAGGUAGAAGCAGGCAACACCAGGGCCUGGCUGCAGCUAUGGUUAAGCUAUGGGAAAGAAGUUCAAUAGCAAAGGUUGCUCUGAAGCGUGGUGUCCAGCUAACUACAAGUGAAAGGAUGGCUGAAGAUAUCAAGAAAUUGACAGGGGGUAUCCUGCUAUCUAGAAACAAGGAUUUCUUGGUGUUCUAUAGAGGUAAAGAUUUUCUGUCUCCAGAAGUUGCUGAAGCAUUACUUGAAAAAGAGAGGCUGGCAAAGACAUUGCAAGAUGAAGAAGAGCGGGCCAGGUUAAGGGCAUCUGCCUUGGUCUCUUCAAGUGCUCUAAUAGCGGAUGAAUCCAGGACAGCUGGCACUCUUGGAGAAACAUUAGAUGCCGAUGCUAGAUGGGGUAAAAAGCUGGAUGAUGAUCACGAGGAGCAGGUGAAGAGAGAAGCAGAAAUGUUACGACACGCUAACAUAGUCCGGAAGCUCCAAAGGAAGCUUACUAUUGCCGAGAGAAAAAUUAUGAAAGCAGAGCGAGCUCUAUCAAAGGUGGAGGAAGCUUUAAAUCCUGUUGAACAUUCAGUGGACCCAGGAAGCAUUACUGACGAAGAGAGGUUUAUGUUCAGAAAGCUUGGAUUAAGGAUGAAAGCCUAUCUACUUCUAGGUAGACGUGGAGUUUUUGAUGGUACAGUGGAGAAUAUGCACUUGCAUUGGAAAUAUCGUGAGCUGGUCAAGAUCCUGGUGAAGGCUAAAAACUUGGAAGAAGUCAAAAGUAUUGCCCUAUCUCUUGAAGCUGAGAGUGGUGGUGUGCUGGUUUCGGUUGACAAAGUAUCCAAGGGUUAUGCCAUAAUUGUAUUUCGGGGCAAGGACUACAAGAGGCCACCCCGUCUGAGGCCUAAAAAUCUCUUGACAAAAAGGAAGGCAUUGGCUCGUUCUAUUGAGCUUCAGAGGCGUCAGGCUCUCCUGAAACAUAUUUCACAACUUCUAGCAAGAGUUGACGAGAUAAGAUCUGAAAUAGAGCAAAUGGAAAAUGUGAAAGAUCAGGGGGAUGCAAAACUUUAUGAUAGAUUGGAUUCUUCUUAUCCUACCGAGGAUGAGGACAGUGAGGAGGAGGAAGAAGAAGAAGUAGACCUUGUGACUUACGACAUCGACAUGGAUAUUUCUGAUGAAAAUGGCGAUUCUAUACAAAAUCGCCACUCAGAACUUUUUGAAUACGAUUCUGAAGAUGUAUCCGAAACAGAAUAUGUGGAAGCAUGACACCAAUAUCUCGGCACUGUCACUGUCAUUGCCACCGGAUUUGGCGAAAGAAAGAUGCGACAAUGCAAACAUACAGAACAGUUUAACUAGGGAGGCUGACAAUACAUUCAAAAAGACAAAGGAGUUGAUAGGUCUGUUCUUAACAACCUUCAUUUGACAGCUUCUUCGUAGCCCUUGUGCUAUUACCACCACCGGCAUUCAUAAGCCGGUAAACGAGCCCCUUCUUUAUGGAAUCAUCGGUUUUGAUAUUGUACAAACAAGCCAGAGAUUAUGUGUAAAAUCAUGAUUCCAAAAUUCCAAAAUAGUAAAUACAUGAAGAAUAGCCCCUUUAUAGUGUAAGUCCUGAGUAAUAGUAUAUGCAUUUGUAUUUAUUACUAUUUAUUACCAUGAAGCCAAUGGGAAGAUGAGAAUACAAAGCAACAAAACACAACAAAAGCUUCAUCUUUUAUAUUUAUUACUCCCUCCGUUCCAAAAUAAGUGUCGUUUUAGCAAAAUAGAG